GUGGGUGUGUGUGUGUGUGUGUCUGUGUGUUUGUUUCAGAUGGUCUCAUCUCUAAAUAUAGCGUUGGGUUGGUGUGAUGGGAGGGUCCAGCAGGAUUCUGACUCUGAUAAAUUCUUAAAACCUCGACUCUGAGACGUCCCAAGAUGCAGUUAGAACGAUCUUCAACAAGAAGAAGAGAAAAAUACUUUAUUAAUUCAUACGAGAUGGAAAACCAAGAUAGAAAAGUGGAGGGUUGACGCCCAAAACCCACUGACCAAGGAAAUACAAAGACUGCAGUAGGGAUCCUUUAUGCACACCUCACCAAGAGGAGAAGGAAACUGUGAUCGUGAUGGAAGAGAAGGAGAAGGAAACUGUGAUCGUGAAGGAAGACGAGGAGGAGGAAGAUGCCAAAGCCAAGGAGACUGAACCCCAGCACCAGAAGAAGCAGGCCUGGGUCCCCACUACCUACUCCAAGUUCGGUAAAGAGGUGUUCUGCUACGUAGGACAGGAGAUCAGCAUCUUUGAGGCCUUGGACUCUUACGGCGCUGUCAUCUGGCCAGCGGCGUUGGCUCUGUGUCACUACCUAGAGACCAACGUUGAGCAGUUGAAUCUGGUGGACAAGGCAGUGCUGGAGCUAGGAGCAGGACCUGGCCUAGUGUCUAUUGUUGCCACACUCCUAGGUGCCUGGGUCACAGCUACAGACCUGCCAGAGAUCCUAGGGAACCUGAGAGCCAACCUGCUCCGUAACACAAGAGGGCGCUGUAGGUACACUCCCCAAGCUGCAGCUCUGUCCUGGGGUCCUGACGUGGAACGUAUCUACCCCAGAUCCGUCUAUCGCUAUGACUACGUGCUGGCGGCUGACGUGGUGUAUCACCAUGACUACCUGGAAGAGCUGCUGUUCACAAUGAGAUACUUCUGCCGUCCAGGAACCACUCUGAUCUGGGCCAACAAGGUCCGUUUUCCGACAGACCUGGGAUUCACUGAGGACUUCAAGAAAACCUUCAACACCACCCUGCUGGCUGAGAUGGGAGAGGUUAAGAUCUUCAUGGCCACGUGCAGAGAGACAGAGGAACACCUUCAACACCACCCUGCUGGCUGAGAUGGGAGAGGUUAAGAUCUUCAUGGCCACGUGCAGAGAGACAGAGGAACACCUUCAACACCCCCCUGCUGGCUGAGAUGGGAGAGGUUAAGAUCUUCAUGGCCACGUGCAGAGAGACAGAGGAACACCUUCAACACCCCCCUGCUGGCUGAGAUGGGAGAGGUUAAGAUCUUCAUGGCCACGUGCAGAGAGACAGAGGAACACCUUCAACACCACACUGCUGGCUAAGAUGGGAGAGGUUAAGACCUUCAUGGCCACGUGCAGAGAGACAGAGGAACACCUUCAACACCACCCUGCUGGCUGAGAUGGGAGAGGUUAAGAUCUUUAUGGCCACGUGCAGAGAGACAGAGGAACACCUUCAACACCACCCUGCUGGCUGAGAUGGGAGAGGUUAAGAUCUUCAUGGCCACGUGCAGAGAGACAGAGGAACACCUUCAACACCCCCCUGCUGGCUGAGAUGGGAGAGGUUAAGAACUUCAUGGCCACGUGCAGAGAGACAGAGGAACACCUUCAACACCACCCUGCUGGCUGAGAUGGGAGAGGUUAAGAUCUUCAUGGCCACGUGCAGAGAAACAGAGGAACACCUUCAACACCACCCUGCUGGCUGAGAUGGGAGAGGUUAAGAUCUUCAUGGCCACGUGCAGAGAGACAGAGGAACACCUUCAACACCCCCCUGCUGGCUGAGAUGGGAGAGGUUAAGAUCUUUAAGGCCACGUGUAAAAGGUAGGGGUUAGGGAAGAUAAAGGAAUAGUCGACAUCCUGCCGACUACGCCAAAUGUAACCAAGACUUCCUGUCCCUUCUUCCUCUGAGAAAUGCUUGAAGGCAGAAGGCGGCCAUCUUGGGUAAUAAUACUGGACGUUGAUGGACUGCUGACGUUGUCAGUUGUUGAUGAUUGAUUUGUACUUACUACUUACCUACUAUAUGUAGUGGUUUAUUGUUUACUUAGUUGAUACAUGUAGUUUAUUUUGAUAAUAUUAUAAAAAAAUGUAUGU